UGGAUGGAGGAAGAAGCAGUGAAGAAGAGGAAGAUGCACCGGGACAGCCAGGCAGGUGAAGAGGAAGUCAGUGCCCCUUUCCCCCUCUCUCCUGCUCCAUCUCCCAGCCCAGCAUGGCCCCCAGCUGCAGGACAACCCUGCUGCUGAUGCCGUCCUGCUGGGGAUGCACUGGGGGAUCUCCUUCCCCUUCCCUCUGGCAGAGAGGCAAAUCCCAUCCUGUCCUUAUCCUUCCUCUCCCAGACAAGGAGCUGAGGAUGGAGACCAGGGAGGACAAAUCCCUGCUCCAGAACCUUGUGGAAGAGGCCGUUUUGAGCAGUUCCAUGGCACAGGAAUCCAAUGGGGAGGAAAAGAUAAAGAGAUGUCAUGGGAGGAGGGGCUCCAAACCCAUCCCAGGGUGCUCUGAAGAGGAAAGACCCACCCUGUGCCAGGAAGGUGGACAGAGCUUCAGCCAGGGCUCUGAGCUGGUGGUCCAUGAGCAGCUUCAUGAUGGGGAGAAGCCCCACAAGUGCUUGGAGUGUGGGAAGAGCUUCAGCUGGAACUGCCUCCUGAUCAGCCAUCAGCGGAUCCACACCGGGGAGAGGCCCUAUGAGUGUCCCCAGUGUCAGAAGAGGUUUCAGACCAGCUCCAAUCUCCUCAAGCACCAGCGCCUUCACACAGAGGAGAGGCCCUUUCCCUGCCCCGACUGCAGGAAGGGCUUCAAGCACAACUCCCACCUCAUCACCCACCGGCGCAUCCACACUGGGGAGAGGCCCUACGAGUGUGGGGAAUGUGGGAUGAGCUUCAGCCAGAGCUCCAGCCUGAUCUGCCACCAGAGGAUCCACACCAGGGAACGGCCCUACGAGUGUGAGCAAUGUGGGAAGAGCUUCAGCCACAGAUCCCACUUGAUCCGCCACAAGAACAUCCACGCUGAGGAAAGGCCAUACAGGUGUGGGGAAUGUGGGAAGGGCUUCAACCAGAGGUCCCAGCUGAUCAUCCACCAAAUGAUCCACACUGGGAAGAGGCCCUACGAGUGUUCCGAGUGUGGGAAGAGGUUUCAGACCAGCUCAGAUCUCCUCAAGCACCAGCGGAUUCACACAGAGGAGAGGGCCUUCCGCUGCCCCGACUGCAGGAAGGGCUUCAAGCGCAACUCCACCCUCAUCAUCCACCGGCGCAUCCACACUGGGGAGAGGCCCUACGAGUGUCCCCAGUGUGGGAAGAGCUUCUCAGACAGCUCUAGCUUGAGCCAACACCAACGGAGGCACCGGUAAGAAAGACCCACCCUGUGCCAGGAAGGUGGACGGAGCUUCAGCCAGGUCUCGGAGCUGGUGGUCCAUGAGCAGCAUCAUGACAGGGAGAAGCCCUACAAGUGCUUGGAGUAUGGGGAGAGCUUCAGCUGGAACUCCCUCCUGAUCAAACACCAGCGGAUUCACACAGAGGAGAGGCUCUUCUGCUGCCCUGACUGCGGGAAGGACUUCAAGUACAACUCCACCUUCAUCAGGCACCGGCGCAUCCACACUGGGGACAGGCCCUAUGAGUGUCACGUGUGUAGGAAGAGGUUUCAGACCAGCUCAGAUCUCCUCAAGCACCAGCGGAUUCACACAGAGGAGAGGCCCUUCCGCUGCCCCGACUGCAGGAAGGGCUUCAAGCACAACUCCCACCUCAUCAGCCACCGGCGCAUCCACACUGGAGAAAGGCCCUACGAAUGUGGGGAAUGUGGGAUGAGCUUCAGCCAGAGAACCAGCCUGUUCCGCCACCAGAGGGUCCACAGCAGGGAACGGCCCUACCAGUGUGAGCAGUGUGGGAAGAGCUUCAGCCAGCGCUCCCACUUGAUCCGCCACCGGAACAUCCACGCUGAGGAGAGGCCAUACAAGUGUGGGGAAUGUGGGAAGGGCUUCAACCAGAGGUCCCUGCUGAUCAUCCACCAGAUGAUCCACACCAGGGAGAGGCCCUACGAGUGUCCCGAGUGUGGGAAGAGGUUUCAGACCAGCUCCAAUCUCCUCGUGCACCAGCAGAUUCACACAGAGGAGAGGCCCUUCCGCUGCCCUGACUGCAGGAAGGGCUUCAAGCAAAACUCCACCCUCAUCACCCACCGGCGCAUCCACACAGGGGAGAGGCCCUACGAGUGUCCCCAGUGUGGGAAGAGCUUCUCACGCAGCUCUACCUUGUCCCAACACCAACGGAGGCACCAGUAAGGGAAGCCCUGCAAGUGCCCCAACUGUGGGGAAGAGCUUCCUGCAGUGCUCCAACUCCAUCCCCCAUCAGGGGACCCACAUUGGGAAGACACUGGGCUGGUGGUCCUUUAGUUUGGUGGUUCCUAAUAUUCUUUUGGUUCAUCUUCAUCCCUUUAAAACCAGCAAAAUUGGGCUGAAAAUCAUCAAAUUCAUCAAAGGCAUCUGAAGCCUCACUUUUUCCUUGUGUUUCAAAAGAAUCUGGGAUUCCAGAUGAUACUUGGGAGGAUUUGGGGGUAUUUGGUGUGGUUGUCUCCAUUUCUUAUUGCUCAAAGAGACAAGAGGGUUUGAUCUGUCACCUCAAAAACACUCAUUGCCACUGAAAACUACUCAAUCCCACCGCAAAAUUACUCAAAUCCUCAGCCCCUCAAGCAUGGAAUGGGGUUGGAAAGGGGUUGGGCAAAGUGGGAUGCAGAU